AAAAAACGACCAGGGAUAGAGAUUAAAUUGUUUUCAUUUGCUAACUGAAAGGAUCCAUAAAACAUCUAUACUUAUUUAAUUUAAGGUCUCCGAGAAUUCAAAUGUUUAACCUUGUAAACCUUGUCAAACAGAUUGAAGGCUGGCGUCACUUGGAUCAAAUGGUAAAUCAAGAUCUCGAUGGCUUUAAGAGACAGUGGCGAACGUGGGCAGCACAAAAACUUUCAAAGUCAGACUGGGCAACCACGGACGUUAUUUCUACCGGAAGAGAAAAGAAAAAUAAGCAAACUGCUGCGGAAGUCCUUUCGCCUGGUCCCAUCGUGGAACUAGCGCUUGGUGAACGUUUCAAAUCUGUUCACAUUUACGUGACAGACAGUGAUAACACACGCAUGCGCCCCAAGUCGAGAUCACAGUGGCAGCAGAAACUUUGCAAGGUGCUUUUAGACGUGUGCCUACCGGAUGGAAGUACUAAUGUAGUCUCAUCCGCUAUAAAGGAGAAGCCCAAUCAUCUUUCAUACCUGAAGCUUGAAGUCCAUGCCAACCGAACUUUCGUGGGGAACGUCUUGCAAUGGCGGGAAAUUGGGUUUAUGGUUGAAAUUAAUGGGCAUAAGAACGAAGUGAUUAAGAAGAACUUUGCAAUCAACUUACAUCCCCAACGGACUCGGCGUUCAGCAUGGAAAACUUUGUUUCGAGUAUCUAUACCGUCUGAACAUGAAAUACCCGACUAUGAUCAGUUCAUAUGUUGUCCUAAGUCCGGUCAAAAUUGCCGGAGUGGAAGCGGUGCCGUGGCCUGGGCUCAAGUAUUUGGAUACUACGACAGACUUGCUGCCAGGCCCAGCUUCAGCUCGACAUUUAGCGCAACAUUAUACGGAAAUAGUAGCAAAGAGGCACCGCUGAGUAUGACAGAGGGAGUUAAGACCUUCGUGGAAACAAUACGACCAUGGCUCCAAACAAGCUGUGGAGGAAUAACGCCCUCUUCAGAAAUGCAUAAAAUCAACUCUUCGUUAGCUAUUAGCAAUUCUAGGUUUUUCAAGGUAUAUAAGAUCCAGAAGAUGACAGUUUAUCAGUUUCAAUUUUAUUACACUUCUUAUGCCACCUAUUUAAGUUUAGAGGGGAAAGGUCUUAGUGUAGGAGAUAAAGUGAUAAACAGACGAUAA